AUGCAGGACCAGUUCAAGUGGGAGAAGAGAGCGUCACCGUCGCAUCAAGAGAGCAUCGUAUCGCAAAAUUCCCUCAUACUGAGCCAACGUUGUUUCUCGCGAGACGCACGCCAACACCACAACAUGAAAUUUGUUAUCUUUCUCUCAAUUUUACUCCUCGCAAUGUCGAUGGCCAGUGCGUCCGGAUGCAUAUGUACCACAGAGUACAAACCAGUCUGCGCCACUAACGGCAUAACUUACUGCAACCUAUGCAGGAUGAGAUGCAACGGUGCUAAAUUGCUUUAUCCGGGAACAUGUGAAGGAUGUGUGUGA